UGUAGCGCGAUCGUUUGUCUUUUUCCUAGAAACCAUGGCGUCGUAUCAUAAAGUUCUUUAUCAUACAACACCGCCGUUUGAAUCUCCUGCCAAAGUGUUCGCUAAACUCAAGUUGAAAGUGCAGAGCAAAGGAAUUUGUGCGGACUCGCCUUUAACAAAUGACUCGCUGUGUAACGUAAGAGACAAACAUUUAGCUGCUGUUAAGUCACCGAGGAAGAGAGCAGAGAGCACCUGGAUGACCGAGGAGCUCACGGCGAACCAGAGGUCUGGUUCCGAUCACAAUAAAGCGCAGGUAUGGACUCUCUCGCCUAUAUCGAGUCCUCAGAAAAGGUCUCCAGACCUCAUCAGCAAGCAUGUGGAGGAAAUGCCUCCCGUGAAAGCGAGCGGACAUGGACGCACACUGAGAAAAAGAUCGUUCCUGGAGUCGACUGCUGUGGCCCACCCGUCUCCUCGGGUCAACAGAAAGCAGAUCCGCACCGAGUCGCCUCACAUCAGACACUCGGGUAACUCCAAUGUAAUCAGCAGGACUCCAGUCAAGGUGCAGCCGGUGGAAGAGGACUUUGAAAGCAGUGUGUUUUUGGAGGGGUGUGCUCCUCUGAUGUCUUCCGCCUUUAUGUUCUCCCCCAUGAGGACGAGGUUACAGAGACAAUGUGAGCAGCAGCAGUUUAAUAAAGUCACCAGCAGUACAAAUGAAGUCUGCAAUGGAUCCAGAAGGAAACCCUCCAGGGCGUUCAGUGGAGAUACCAGCACUUGCAUUGAGAGUGUAAGUCAUGUUGGAGGAGUAUCUGCUGACCCAUCACAGGUGAACCGAUUCACCCACAACCCCGUGUGCCCAACACCAAGAGACAUCGCAAAUAAACGUUGCAAUGUUCCUGUGGAAAAAUGUUCUCUAAUGUCUCCAUCCAAGAUGUUUACUUACAUGAAGAAGAGGGAAAGUAAAACAAAGCAGCCGGAAGUUCAUAAAGUCAGCAGCAGCACACGGGAGCUCUUUAAUACAAGUAAUUUCCAUCAGUCCGUCGACACAUCGCCUCCCUCCACAGUUCACACCGUGGGUGAGAUGGAGGACGUUGCUUUUAGAGGUGUUCCAGAAAGGUUGGCUCCCGUCAACCGGUCCAGAGUAGAAUCAGCUGACGGCUUAUCAGACACAGAGCCCUCUGAGGAUGUCCUGGCCGUGUCCCCACAACCGGUUUUGUUUGAAGACCCGCUUUUACUCAAUACGCCAAAGAUCUCCAUACCGAAGAAGCAAGAGGCUGUGUUCAAGCGAAAUAAAUGGACCCAGAGCACACAAUUCCCAAGUGAGAGUGUGAUUUAUCUCAAAAGGUGGUUCCUGAGGAAGAAUCACAAAGGCCUGUUUGUUGAUGGAAUCCACCAGGAAGAAAAUAUCCCAUGGAACAGUAACAUCGUGGUGGACAGAGUUUCUAAUCAUGUUGUGAAGACUGUCACCGGCAAGGUUUACAUCUUGGUUGACAAGAUGAUCAUGAGCCUUGAUUCUGGGUUGCCCAAGUGGCUUUUGAAGAAGUUUGUCAAUGGGUUUCCUCCAAACUGGGAGGCCCUUUAUGAGAGAUCUCGGUCACAGCUGAGAGGCAGAGAGACAGAGAGGAAGAGUGAGGGGAGGGUCGUCAUGGCGAAGACACAAUCUGAGACAUCCUCCAUCAUCGGCAAUGUGAAGCGGCACAGGAAAACCGCCGCCUCCUCCGUGUCUCGCCCAAUCGUGUCCCGGAGUGGUCGCGUGAUCAAGCCCCCUCUGGAGUAUUGGAAAGGAGGGAGAGUCAUUCUGGAUGCACACAUGAAUGUCACCAUCCAUGAAUGUUAUGAUACCUCCAGCCUUGUCUCCACAAGAGCGUCACAGAAACCUGCGCCUGUGCUCCUGCCCUGCAGUGAAGGCCGUCGGCAAUGUGAAUCAGCCAGCGACAAAGAAGCAUCAGUACCACUGAGGAGGGUCAAGGCUCCACUCCGCAAAUGCAACAGUGCCACAACUGAGGCUAAAAAGAAGCCCUCUUAUUCACCUGAACUGCUCUGCAGCCCCGAGGAGAGGUGCGGCAGACAAACGAGGUCCAGCCGAAGGCGUCCGACAUCGGAAGAUACAUCGUAUGUGGACACCGUCCCUCAAAAGCAAAGGAUACCUGUAGAGUCUUCGAAACAGAGGUCCAAAAAACCGCCGCAUGACAUCACAAGUCCUUCAGUGAGCAUCCCAGCACCCCCAGAACCUGUUGAUGAUUAUAAAACAUCAGCGUUAUCUGAUGAUGGAGUCAUUGGGAGAAAGAAGUCUGGGAAAGAAGUGCGCAGAAAGGGAAGCAGGAGAGUUCUUAACAGGCCACCGCCAAGUUACGUAUUUCCGUCAAGUGACUCAUCACAGUCCUCUGAGUUCGAGAAGGAACCGGAGAAGAGAUCCAGAGUAACGACGAAACAUAAACGGAGUAAACGCACCAAGUCCUCGUCGCCCAGAAAGCCUUUGCCCAAGUUGACACAGUCCAGUAAGAACAACCUCAACGCAAUCGGAGGCAUCGCAGCGAUUCUACAAGACCAAGAUGGUGACAAGUGGACAGAGGCGGAGCUUAUGAAGCUACAAGAGGCUGCGUCCUACUACCCUAAGCACGUGGCAGGUUACUGGGCAAAGGUGGCGGGGGCGGUUGGAACACGUUCUCCAGGAGAGUGCCACUUCCAGCACACAUCCCAGGCAACCUGCCAGACUCCUGCUAAGCGAGCGAAGAACACCAAAAAAAAGAAGCUGGAAGUACCGAAAGAUCCAGCUCACCAGGUGAUAUCUGCCCGAGCGGGAACCUUAAAGAGAAAGCAGCAGGUGCGUCAGUUCCUGGAGGCCAUGCCCCGAGAAGACGUCGAGGACGGCUUCAGCUCCGCGUACAUGCAGAGUAAACGCUUUGAGAUGCCCUCCUUGUGUCAGAGUGACUUUGACAUCACAGUGUCAGAAAUAGAGCCACUGACACCCAAGUCGACAUGUUUCCCCGAAGCGAAGACUCCGCAGUGUCUGCACAUCACUCCUGGCAUGAUGGGUUCUCCAAACAGGAGCAACAAUGACAAGUACGUCCAUCAACUCCAGAAGAGGAUGAAAAGAAAUCAGUUCAACGUCUGCAAAUUGGCUCCUCCUACAAAGAGCUUCACGCCAACGCCCUCCGUGAAACGAGCAAUGAGAAGAUGUGGUAACACAGAAAAUGACACCUUUGUCGUUUGGGAGAUGUUCUCUGGAGACGAUGGUGGGCUGGCUGAAAGCGGAGAGGAAGAGGAUUUUUACUUCUCAGACAAUGACUGAUUAGAGCUGACAUGUCCUAUUAAUUAUCUAUUAAGUAACCGUCAACAGUCAGUUGUUCCUAUUUUAAUAAAAUUCGACUGAAUUUCA